CUUUGGCCACGCCUAGAUCCUGUACCACUUCCAUCCAUUUAAAAAGAAAAAAGUAGAACAGAAGAAAAGAUCUUCUUUUUAUAUAUAUACAUAUAUAUAUUUAUAUAUAUUUCCCUCCUCCUUCUGUGGUGCGUUUGUUUGCGUGUCGGCGCGUCCCGGCGGUGUAACCGGAGAGAGGGGCCUCACUGAGAGGGAAUGCAGGACUGCAAUGGAGCACAAUGCAAUACAGUGGGUGGGUGCUCCCUCCUGCCAGAGAGGCAGCUACGCCUUCUACAAGUCAGUGAGCAGCAGAGCUCAGCCUGACGGGCCGCUCCAGGUGUGGAAGCUCGGGGAGUUCUACUUCAUCCAAUGCGGACCAGAGGAUCCCGUCUGCAUCGCCGAGGUGACCUUGCUGUGGGAGGAUCAGGCUCGACGCCACCUGCUGGCGAGCACCAGGCUCUACUUCCUGCCUGAGGACACGCCAAAGGGCCGGACCAGGGAGCAUGGAGAGGAUGAGGUUCUGGCCGUGUCCAGGAAGAUGGUGGUACGGGUGGAGGACCUGGUGAAAUGGUCACAUGCAGAUCCAGCAGGGUGGAGCAGCAGCACAGAGUCUCCGCCGGUCGGGACGAACGGUGUCCACAAACCUCCACAGAGCAGCGACGGCAGCGAGCUGCAGAAAGUCAAAACUGAGGACGACCCGCUGCAGCGACAGACCAUAAAGGUGCUCAGCUACCCGCAGUACUGCCGCUUCCGCUCCCUGCAGAGACGCAUCCAGGAUGGAGCGAGGGGCCCCACGCUGCAGGACCCCCUCCUGCUGGCCCUCGGGGGCAUCAAGUUGCUGCCCAACGUCAGAGUCAUGUACUGCAGGGACACUUUCAACCACCCGACGCUGGAGAGCAGCGACUGCUUCUCCUGGCAGUUCAGGUGUCCAUCUUUAAGCCUCAGAGGACGACCCCGUAAGAGGAAAGGCCGCGACAGCAAAGACUCUCCCACCUCCGGCCAACCAGAGUCCUGGAUCGAACGGAUGAAGGAGAACGUGAUGGGCAGCGUGGAGGUGGGCUGUGAGGGCAGCUGGCUCCCCCACCCAGAGGAGCAGCUGUUCCUGGAUCAGCUCUUCGCCUUCAUGGAGCGUCACGGAUCUCCCAUCCACAAAGUCCCCAACCUGGGCUUCAAGAAGAUCGACCUGUUCCUCAUGUAUUCUGUGGUCAAACGGCUCGGUGGCUACAAUAAGGUGACUACAGAGCGCCUGUGGAAGGUGGUUUACAACGAGCUGGGCGGAUGUCCAGGCAGCACCAGCGCCGCCACCUGCACCAGGAGACACUACGAGAGGCUGAUGCUCCCAUACGAAGAGCACCUCAGAGCAGGAGGAGCAGAGUUUAAAAUCCCCGACAUCCCCCUGCCCUCCAAACCCCGAGGCAUACGAGGGCGGAAACCUCUUCCCAGAGGCAGGAAGCCUGGACCUAAACCCAAGGAGAAGAAGAUGGUCGAUCUUUCUCCUGCAGCUCCUCCUCUUCCUGCUCUUCCUGCUCCUCCUAUGAUGAGUCCUAACGGCGUUGUGGUGGUGAAACGAGGCAGAGGCCGUCCGCCGGGAACUCGUAACAAGUCCACGCUACUCGCUCAGGCCAAACUGCUGACUCAGCAGCAAGCGAAAGCCAAACCAGCGGCAGACUUGACGCAGGCGAGACCUCUGCUGCCCCCUAAAGGCCGAGGAGGACCGACACCCAGCAGCAUGCACAGGCCCAUCCAGCCGGCCCUCCUCCCACUCAUGCCCCUCACCCCAGACCUCUCCCCCAUGUCCGCUCCCUUCCUCUCCUUCAAGCCAGCAGAGCUGAAGUCGGACCGCGGAGACUCUGCGGCUCCUUCCUCCGGGGUCCUCCUCUCCGCGCUGCCUCACUUCGUCGGAGGCUCCUUGAGUGGUUUCAGCCCGAUCAAAGGCGUGUGUCCUCUGGACGUCUUCAAGAACCGCAUCAGCCUCCAGAGAAGCCCCGACAGCCCCGCCCAGACCCCCCAGGACCCCCCGGCGCAGCACCACCCGACCAUCUACACCCUCCAGCCCAAAGGAGGGAGCCCGGACACCCCUCAUCCCGGCACAGAGCAGCUGCAGCCCAGGCCCCACCAGCACCCCAACCACUGCUCCGGCUGUACCCUGGACGAGGGGGGCCAGAGAGGAGUGACCAGGGACGGCAGGGGCCGCCCCCCCCUGCCCCCGCUCCGCGUCCUGCCUCUGAACCUGGACUGCAGCGUUCAGGUGUGUGAGCUGAUGAGAAACCGCCACCUGGGCUCGUCCCAGCUGCAGACCUUCACCCGCCGGCUCUCCGAGGCCCUGUCCCAGGACCUAAACCCCAAGCCCCCCUGCUCCCCCAUCACCCCUCCCCCCGAGCAGGCGCUGCCCCUGAACCUCAGCAAACGCUUACCGCCCAAAAGAACCAGCACCGACGCCCCGGAGCAGAGUCUGCAGGCCGUCAACGGGAACGCAGACCCGUCGUCGGCGUCCAAGAGGUCCCGGACCAACUUCCAGGAGCAAGCCCAGGAUUUCAGCCUGGGGGGCCGCUCCAGCUCCGCGGCGGCUCCCGGCCUGCAGAACGUGGAGGCGAGGAACCAGGAGGAACCCGCAGACCUGAGCUCCCCCAGCAGGAUCCGGGCCUUCCUGCUCGGACUGCCGCCCUUCCAGGUGAAACUGGAGGAAGACCUGAACGGGACAAAGUUCCUGAAAAUCCCUCCCCCCGCUGAAACCAAAAGGACUGAGGUCGGAGAGGGAGGCGGUAAGACGGAGGUGAAGCAGGAGGAGCUGGUCGGAAAGGAGCAAAAGGAACAAGAUCCGGCGCUGUGUUCUAGUCCCGGUCCUGCUGAGCUGAAAGGAGCGGGACCGUCCAACAUGGACACACACUGUUUUUAAAGUUAUUCUUAUAUAUCAGGAUCCAUUCAGCUUCAGAGUGUGGAGAUUUCUCUAGAUCACGCGGCUCCUCGUUGGGAUGUUCGCCUCUACAAAAACAUUUAUCUCGCUAUAUUUCCGUUUUCUCUGGAGGAGCGUCAUCAAACAGAAUCAUGACAAUCACAGCUGAGUUUUCUGUUCCGACAAAGCGGGAGCACAUUUCCCUUCUGAACACUGCCAUAACCCUCCGUAACACUAUGAACUCCUCUCUCCUCUCCACGUUCCCACGAACGCUGAAACGGAGCCGCUGACCGUUAGGAUAAGAUAUCAGUGAAGGGUGAUGCUAUGCAUCAUGACUCCUCCAACAGCGUCCGCGGUGUACCGUCGUCUGCUAGUCCCAUUAUUAAAUUGCUCUCUACGUCUGUAGGGGAGAGACUUAUUUUCUGAUAAAGUGUUUAAAUGUAACCUAGGGCUCGAAAUGAAAAGCUGUCUUCACAUGUAUCCAGUUAAAGUGAAGCGUUGUAGUCCUGCUCGUUAGCUGAAAUAAAUGUACACGAACGUGCCUUAAACGGCCGGCGGCCUGCGUCCUCUCCGGCCACGCCCACACCCACCCCACACAGAGAUACCUUGGUGUUUGUGCCGUCUCCGUUCAGCAGCGGGUCCGCCUGCUCCCGUCAGCGUCUGCGUUCAGAUCCUUAGAUCCCACCUGUAGCUCUCCACCAGUCAGACUACCUCAGCUUCUUCGUUUCUUCUUCUCUCAUUUUCUUCCCUGUGUCAGGAUUGCGUAUAUCCCGCAGAAGUCCGAUCAUUUCAGUAAUCCAGUUCAGAAAGUCUUAACUCAUUCAUAGGUUGAUUACACACUGAUAAUAUUUCAGCUUUUAUUUCUGUUCGGUUUUUUUAUUAUUAAAGUUUUUAUUAUUUUUCAGAACAUAAGUAUAUAACCCCUCCCAACCCCCUCACAAAACAAAACAAAAACACCAAACCAGGCCAGCGCAUAUCAAAUCAAUAAGUUUCACAGAAAAUUGACAUUUACAAAUAUCCUCGAUGUUAGCAGAAACAUCCAUAGUAAACAGUAGCUUACAGUAAAUAAUACUUUCAAAACAGAUGUUCAUCAAAGAAGUUUACUUGUCCCAGUAUUGCAGGAAAGAAAGUAGUUCCAAGAUUUCUUGAAGUUGUCUAUGUCAUCAUUUAGCUUAGCCAGCAUUUGUUCAUAUGACACUAUUUCCAACAUUAAUCCCAACCAGCUUUUAACAUUCGGAACAGUUGAUCUGUUCGUUUUUUAAGAUUACAUUUGGUUUCUUAGAAAAACAUCUGAGCAACAGAGGAAGCAAAACUGUUUUAUUAUAAAGGUUUGGAUGAAAAGUACAUCCAUGUACGGGAGAGAACCACUCGGGCAACUGGUCAGGGCUCAUUUUUGCCUGAGUUGCUGCAUCAGUGCUGUGUUGCAUAGCAGCGAUCAGCCAGUGGAGCCUCUGAGGCGUGAAGGAGGCCCAGGUUGCUUUGCUAGUCACCAUCAGCUCAUCUGCUGCUUCUCUGUUGUUUACUCGCUAAUCAAGCACAGUGAUAGCGUGGUGAUUAAAUCCAAAGCUUACCCAAUUAAAUGCACACCUUACUUUCGGCUUAGGACUGCCUUUGACCACAGGAGCAGGUCAGUCAUUUGUUUCUUAGCUCGGGUAAGACAGUUCUUAUGUCUCUGGAGUGAAUUAACACGCUAGGGAAAACAGCGGUCGUAGCCGUUGUCCUCUGUAUGGUGGCUCUGAUCUUAGCUUCACAAUCCUUUCAGUUCUGCAGUCAUUUGUUUUUCCUUCCACUAAACUUUCCCAUUAGAUGCUUGGUUACAGCACGUAGUGAACAGACAGGCUCUGCAGCCACCGGCUUUUGUUGCCUACAAUAAUUUUGGAGGGUAUCAACUUCUGCCGAGUCAGCAGUCCUCCUCGUGAUCAUGUCGACCGUAACAUAACCUUUAGGCAUUAAAAUCUUUUUAUUAUUGUUAUUGUUGAAAUUUGGGUUUUUACUAGCUGGCAGCUGUAAGGCAAAUUUAUUUUAUAUAACACUAUUCAGUACAGAGACAAUGCAAAGUGCUUUACAUGAUUAAAAUAUAGGAAAAUAAAACAGAAUAAAACCAAGUAGGAAUAGAAUGUAGAAAUUAUGUAAUCAUCAAAACCAUCAGAAAUAAUUGAUCACUUUUUUGACGAGGAGUUUGACUUUAUGAACUGGAUUAUUAGCAUAAUAAAUGACUUCAGAUCCACAGGAAUGUCAGAUAAAGCAUUUUUUUACCAUUGGAAAAACUAAAAUGGAAUCAUUGUGCAUGAAAUAAGUUAAUUUUAGCUGUGUUCUUGUUCUCAAACAUCAAGGUAUCUCUUUAAAUCUGUCUUUCCUGUUUGCUUUUACAUAUGCUGGUUCGGAUUUGCACACCUACUGUACUCCUUUUGCUUUUUCAUAUUUAAGCCAGUUAUAUUUUGCCUUCUUCCAUUAUUUCUUGGUUUAUAUUUCAUUCGGACCGAUAGGUGCUGUUUUUUCUUUUUUCUUUUUCUCUAGUUAUUUUUUUCCUAGCUCAUAGCCAUGUUGUUUUUGGCUUGCUAAAACCCUAAAAAGUCGUCAAGUUGCAAGGCAGUAAAUCUUUAAUAGGUGGAAACAUUCACAUUGACUUGUCCACAGAGAAAAUAUUUUAAGGAAAUAUUUUAAAAGUAAAAAAAAAUGUGCUUAUUGGUGAUUAUUUUUUAUCAGAUUUGUUUGACUGUUGGUUCAAUGUGAAGCAGAAAUAUUUGUGAAUGAUUGCAUGAAAAACAAUGUGUACUCAGUAUAUGAGCAGACGCACCAAAGUGCUCCACCAGGCUCCUGUAUAAUUCUGUUAUUGAUGGUAUUUUUUUUACAAUUUGACUUUAUUCAUCUUUAUCUGUUUUCCUCCUUUAUUGUAAAGAAAAAUUAAUAACUAUAAAUGUCAUAUUUUCUUUAUUGCAGUCAUAUUUUUCCACAACAGGGUAACUACUGUAACUACUGUCUCACUCUGCUUCAUCCCUUCAGUAAACCUGUAUUUAUUGUUAGUAUGGGGUUUUCUGAAAACAACACUUAAGGUAAAGGUCCCAGAGGGCUUUAAAGGUAUAAGUUUGUAGAACAGGUCAACUAUGGAUGGUGGUGCUCACCGAAGAAUUUAAGUCUUGUUUUAUUAAGUGAUAGAGAUGUAAUAAAAACAAAGAAUUCUGGCCAUCCACAUAGCUUCUUUUAGAAAGUAGCUAACUAUCGGCGCUAGCGUUAAAACAUGCUAUUAUAAGCAUUAAGAACAGCGUCCGACUUUAACAUUUUAAGCUGCUUAUUGAGUUUUGUAUUACAUUAAAGUGUUGUUGACCUAGAAACUGUCGUCGGCAGAGAAGCUGUUACCUUACAGCGUUUGGAACGGUUUUCAUACAGUGGUUAGCUGAUCAUGCUAGCAUGCUAACGCUUUCGCUUGGUUGUGAGCAAAUAAACAGCACCUCAGGUUUUAAAGUUUGUUGUUUGGGUCAACCAUGCUUCUUCAGGCUUUCCAUGUUGUUGUGUUUUAAAUAUAUUGUAGGUAACUUAUACAGCUGUGGAUUAUUCCUGAGAUGAUGGGAUAACUUUGCUAGCUAGGAUUGCUAUCAGCUCGAGUUGUUUUAUUGUUUUUUUUUUUGUUUUUGUUUUUUUUGUUUUUUAUUCCAAAUUAUAAUUUUUUUCACAUCUGAGAUUACCCUACAUCAGCUAACAGCAGAUCAUGUGUCAGCAAACAUGCUAACAAAAAUGCUUUUAUUGAGUUAUGAUCAGUUCAUGGUAGCCCAACCUAUUUGGCUUUGGUUUUAUUGUGAGCUAUUGUUCACACUUUUUAAAAAAAAAAAAAAAAACAUGCUACAUUUUAUAAUGGGCUUUUAGAUAACUGGAACAUUUUAAGGGCCUAUAUCAUGCAAAAUCAACUUUCUGGAGCUUUUAGCUAAAUUGUGACGCUCAAAAUCAUGCCCAAAUUGGUAUUUUUGCUUGAUUCAUGCAUUUGUGAUUAAUCUUUGUGAAUUCUGCUCACAGCACAGCAGCCUCUCCCUGUCCUGGAAAUCGAGCGGCCUUGAUCAGUCUACGUAGAGCGGUCAUGGCCGCCCCUUCCAGGAAGUACCCACCCUGCCCAGAAAAUGUCACCAACGAGCAGUGGUGUGAGGCAGUGUGAUCAUUACAGCUCAAAGUUGAGACAAAUUGGCUUUUUUAGCACCUGAUCUGCACAGCAACAGCAACUGGUUUGGUUUGUUUUUUUUAACCAUACUGCUGCAGCUCUAGGGCGUCAUUGCAGUGAUGGCAAGCCUCUUUCUUCUGGGUUGAGCAAAAAUAUCACCAGAAAACGACUAACAUUGCAUAACAAAUAAUACUCCGUAGUGCCAAAGGCAAUAGUUCAUCAUAUAUAUGCCUCUAGUUGACUGUGGAAGGCUUAGAAAAGCAUGAUGUAGAACCCUCAAAAUGCCAGCUCUCCAUGCUUUGAUAAGAUAAGAUAGGCUUUAUUGAUCUCACAUUGGAGAAAUUGGCCUUUAACUGGUUUGCAUGGCACAGAAUCUGCUUUCUUCAGACUCUAGUUCACUUCAGACGUUUAAAUGUAAUUAUUAGACGUCAUUGCUAAAUCACGGCUUACUAGAAUAGUAAUAACUGUGUUAUCCCAGCAUGCUGAGGUUUAGCGGUUUCAUUAUUAUAUCUGUUCCAAAGAUUUUCUAUUGUAAUUAAAUGUUUUUCUAUCAUUUUUGUCAGCUCUUUUCUACACCUGGCCACAUGCCAACGGUUAACACUUUCAUGGUAGUUUAAAACGCUAUCGAACAGCAAACGUUUAAAACCUGCUGCUUUGCUCCGGCCGUAGGCUGUUCCAGAAACAAUCGGCUUCCUAGGCGACAUUGUUUUAAAAGCACCUAAAUUCCCAUAAGGAAGACUGGAAACGGGUUGAUUUAGGUGUUUCAUUUUGUUUAGAUAACCUCCAGGAAUCCUUAGCUUAACUUUAUCCCAGCAUUUGUUUGCCAAACAAAUUCGUAAAUUUUCUAAAUUUAAUGCUUUUGUAUUAUUAUUAUUAUUAUUGGUUUAAAAACCUAAACCUAAAUGUGCAAACUUGUUCCUUUAAAGUGCGUCUGGGUUUGAUCACUCUUAACUGGGUUCCUCCCGGUUAAAACGCAGCUCCACUGGACCAGUUUAUAGUCACCUGAUGGUUUGCUUUAGUUGUUUUGUUUCUUUUUUUCCAGGAUGUAUUAAAUAAUAAUGACAUGCCACUCUUUAUUUUUUCUUUCUGUAGCUUCUUAAAAUUAGUAUAACAUCUUUUUUUUGUUUUGUUUAUUGUUUGGAUAUUUAAGCUUAGUCUAGCCUAGUUUGUUUUCUUUGACAGGUUUCACAAUGUUUACAUUUUGUUAUGCAUGUUAUACAGACUUCUUACAGUGUUUUGCACACUACUCCAGCAUCGGUCUUGAACGGCACUGCUCAUUCAUGUAAAGUACUUAUAAGUGCCUGAUACUUAAAUUUGGAGUCGUUUGUAAGCGGAUGAAAGUUAAAUUUGCUCAUUAGCCUUCAUGCCAUCGACUUGAACAAGGCAUCCCAGUGUAGUCGAGCGUUGUUGAACUUUAUGGCCUUUGCGGGUUUUUGUCGAUUCACGCGUCGAGGAUGUGACGUGGGGGAAAACCCCGCGUCACCAUGACGACGCUCAGCUCCGCAUGUCGGACUGAACCGGACAUACAGGACUUAACGAAAGGGACACCGAGCGGCCGGUUGGACAUUCAUGAUUAUAAAUGAUCAAAAUAAAGGUGCUACAUGUCACAUUUUUA